CAGCACUCUCCUUCGGUCGACUGCGCGCGGGCCCGCCCUGAGCCCGCCUCUUCGGGCUUGCUCUCCGCCUCCUCCCCUCUCGCUCAGCUUGUCCUCAGCCCUACUGUAAGUGGCCCGGCCACAAUAGGGUUCACUCGAGUGGCCCGUCAGAACUCAAUAUUACUGCGUGAGGCGGUGCAGGCGGUUGAACGUGACCAGAACCUGGCCCACGUAACCCGUGCGCUCCUGUCCUACUCAAACCGCUGGACACUGGACAGAUUUCCCACCUAGAACCCAGGUAAUCCACCCGAAUACCUCAGCACCGGUGUCUGGCCACGCUCGAGGUCAUCGAUUGAACCUUGCGCCUCAGGUCCCUCCAGCGGGCAGGCGCGCGGCCUCACAGCCCCCGAGGCAUCCCAGGGGAGUGCCAGCGAGCCUGAGCAGACCGUCAUGUCCAUGAUGGCUGCCGCAGCUUCAGCGUACGACGAACACGUUCUGCGACGGGUCCAAUCUACCGGCGACCUCCCCAAUCCUCCACCCUCCGUACGGCCGAGCCCGCAUGGUAGCCUGCGUCGCUCGGAAGGCGUGGUCCAGCGUCCGGAGCCCUUGCAUCUGACUGGACGAAGCCACGGUGCACGUCCUUCGUUCGAUUCUCUGGAAGCUGCUCUUGCUCAGCUGCACGACCCUCCGCAUCUCCCACCGCACCCGCCUCGACAACGCACACCGAGGAUAAGACCACGGCCGCAACAACAAGAAGAUGUGCCGACUUUGCUCGACAAGCUUCUCAUGCUGUUUGGACUGUCGGGAGCCGACGCGAAAGCACGGAGAGAGUUCAUAUCGUUCGUGUGGAACGUCGGGUUUGCCAUCGCGCAGUACAUCAUCAUAAUUACGCUCCUGGCGUAUUCCGCUCACCACGAGAGCCCAACAAACCCAGGUCUCAGUGAAUGGGAAGCGUGCUCCCGACCGCUGGGUGCAUGGGACUCGAUCUGGUUGAUCCGAGUAGCACUUGGUCUGCUCUUGUCAAUAUGGGGGUAUCGUCGCGACAGAGCUGCGCGUUUCAUCCGCGAACGCAACGAGAGGAACGAAGAACUUGAGAGUUCCAGGCCUCCGCCAACAAGUCCUCAUCGCCAUACUCGCGGGCGGGAUCCGCGGUCUCCUCCGAUAUGGGACACUGAUGAGUAUAUGCAAAGAGCUAACAACCCGCCGGACACAGAAUCGCAUCUCUACUCUCGGUUGUCCCUCCUUGGCACAUUCAUGUCGCUCGCGUGGUUCCUCACCGCCCACAUCCUCGAGUACACCUCCGUGAACGACUGCCGGCACUCCUCGCCACACCUCUGGUGGCUCACCUUCGGCAUCCUCUGCAUCCUCUACCUCAUGGUGCUCGAGAUCUUCCUCCUCGGUCUGCUCGUCUUCGUCUUCGGCCCGGUGCUCUACCUACUGUGGAACGUCAUCCUGCUGUGCCUCGGCCGCCACCCGCUGCAGAACCCGCACCAGAUCAAGCCCGAGAUUGGGAAGCUCCCGAAGCAGGUCGUCAACCAGAUCCCACUCGUGCUCUACAUCCCACCACCCCCUGACGACCCCCAAGCCAGCUCACCUUCCAAGACAAGCUCACCGACUGUCCCUGCGCCUGCGUAUAGCUACCCGCCCACGCGCAAGCCGUCGUUCCAGCCGAAGCGCAGGUUCGCGUUCUUCCGUAAGCGGGGGAAGGCGCAGAAGGGCGGCGACGGCAAGAAGGCCGAUGGAGGGACGGCCGACAAGAAUGGCGAGCAGAAGAUGGAGACGGACCCCGAGAGGAUGACGUGGGAGGAGCGCUGGGAAACGGGCGACUACCCGUUCGUACGCCUGGAGGGUAACCGUGCCGUGUGUGCGAUCUGUCUGCUCGACUUUGAACCGCCGAAGAGGGUCGACGGCGAAGAGGGCGACAACGAGAAGGUGAAGGAGGCGGAUGAUACCAACGUAAAAGGGGAUGGCGUGAGUGAGAAGGUGGACUUGGAGGUGGAAGGGGAGCAAGACGAGGCGGGUGCGCCGGAUGAGUCGGUGCAUGAGGUGCAGGUGGACGAGGUCACGGAGGAGGAGCGUCAGCAUCUGAGACUGGACGAUGCUGGAGAGGGCGCCGUUCCGCUGCGCUUGCUCGGAUGCGGGCACGUCUUCCACCGUACAUGCGUCGACCCGUGGCUGACGGAUGUCUCAGGGCGGUGUCCGAUCUGCCAGCGACCGGUCUUGCAGCCUACGAAAACCAAGUCCAACAGGAGAGAUUCAAAUCCUUGAGCGUGACAGAGAUGGUUGUGUCGGACUCCUUGUUGUAAUUCUGUACUCUUGUUUCUGAUCAUCUUGCUCUCGACGUACUAAUAUGCAAGUACCCACCUGUCAUGACCGUCCCGUGUUUUAUCGUAGACUGUUUCUGUACUCUUGACGAUAGCCGCGCUGUAGAUUAACCUGUAGCAUGGAAUGUUCAUUACUUUUGCCCGCCUCAAUGUA